AUGCUGACGAACGGACGAAAUGGAUACAGCUCACUGAAUACUGACAAUUAUUACGAUGAAAUUCAAGGAGUUUUGGCAGCAACAUUGGAUGGAAGUAAAACGAAUAUUGACGGAAUUGAGUUUAGCAGCAAUGGAAAAUAUUUAGUAUCCUCUGCCAGGGGUAAGUUGGGGAAAAUAAUUCCUUUAAUGUCGAAAAUAAUUAUGCAUUAAUAAAUAAACUGACUGUCUUGUAUACAUAAUAUACUAAUGGCAUUACUAGUAAUGGUUAGGGUAGCUAAACUGUUUUUCAAUGUGAGUGAGAACAUCCCUUGUUGCCCAGUGUUACGGCAAGAGCCGCAUUAGACCUCUAGGAAGAACGGUUUAAUGGCUCUUACUAUGAAUGUUGCAACAGCAGUUUGAAACUUGUACUACACACGUAAAAACGCACAAGUUGUAACAAACCUGCAGCAGACUUGUAGCAAUGCUGUUCCAACAACUUGUCAAUAUGCAGGAUGUGUUCGCACUGCUUGUUCCCAGCUUGUUGACAAGUUGUCAACGGCUUGUUGACAACUUGCUACAAAGUUGUUGAGCUCAACAGACUUUUUUCAAGUUUUUCCAACAACUUGUUAUCGUCCUUCAGUUCAACAAUUUCUCAACAAGUUGUGAGUGACAAAACUAUUUUGUUAUCCUAAUGGCUAUAAUUCCCCCGACUCCGACCGUGGUGUUUCAUUCUUCAUCUCACUCCAUAUUAUAUAUAUUAUAUAUAUAUAGUUCAGUUUUGCGAGCUCUUCGCUCAUAUAAAGUCAGCGGUGAUUUUGCUGACGUUUACAAUAUGGCGGAUGAAGAAAGCCUUGGAAUUAUACAAUUUCUAAUAAUACUGCUCGUAACUCUCGUUUUUGGGGGCGUCCUGAUAGCUAUUGUGCUUUUUGUUGGUGGAAAAAAGCAGAGAAAAGAUAGUAGCAAUGAUUCUCGUCCCGAAACGAAAGUGGAAGACCUAAAAACCGGCAAUGAAAAUGGCGAUGAUGCAAAGGGGUCGAAAAAACCGUCUACAAAAAAUUCAAAACGUGUUAAUGUAGCUAGCGAGCACCCAAAGCAAUUAUGUAUACUAAAGGGACAUACAUCUGAUGUGCUUUAUAUCGAGUUUACUUCAAACGGGAAACUUUUAGGUUCAACUUCAUCAGGUAGUCGAAUUGCACAAAUUAUAGCCGGCAAUUGUACAAAAUUAUUUUAAUAUUAGUACAGUUAUUACAAAUAUCGUAUCUGGAUUUAUUGGACUGGGCUGAUUAGAGGGGGGCGAAUUGAGGAAAUAUUCCAGGGGCAUCAGAAUCAGGGGCCAGCCCCUCCCCCACUUUUUUAGUUGGGGGGGGGGGCUGAAUGUCUUUGGGCCCCCCCCCCCCAUUUUUUAACAAUGGUCAAUAAUAAACCACAAAGUUAAUUGAUAUUAAAUUAUUUCAGUUACGCAUGUAGACAAAACAAUUUUAGAUAUUUUAUGACAUUUUGUUACCUUUAGAACUCUGUAAAUCUCCUAAAGUGCAGGAAAUGGCAUUUCAGAGACUCUAGUUUUAAAAUUUUUCUGGAGGGCAUGCCCCCAAAGUUUUCCUGGAGGGCGCCAAGUGUGCCCCCCCCCCCACACUUUUAGAACUGCUUUUUUGCCUGUCUGGCAGCAGACAAAGUAACAUUUGUGAUAUGGCUUAAUACAUCUGUUCCGGCCGGAUCCGGUUAUGACCGGCAUACUGGUGUAAGGUCUGUAAGCAGUCAGUGGCUUAUUGGCAUAACCUCUGGCAUAAAAUUUCCACAGAUUCCAACCUGGCAUGGGAUGGUUUGAGAUCUAUUUGCCACCAGCAGCUAAAUAGUCUAUGUGUGCUUUCUUUUAUAGAUAGGACAAUAAGGCUGUGGAGUGUCAAAGACUUCAAUGAAAGAGAUCACAAGUAGGUUUGAUUUACAGUUUAUUAAGCAUAAUGCAUUUAUAAUUACAAUAAAUAUCAAUUAUAAUAAAUAUUUGACAACCAUUGGAAACAAAUUACUGUCGAUAAGUUCAUUUUUUGCAGCGUUAAUGCAGGCGAUUGCCAUUUGCCACUGAAGAUUAUAAAAAACAUCUCUUUAUUUUGUAGGUAUAUCCGUGGAAAUGUUGAGUGGGAUCAUGCUACAAAAAUUAAUUUAACUCAAGAUGCAAGGUAGAAACUAUUUUUUCUAUAAGGUCGCAGGUUGUAAUAACUGUUAAGACUAUCUGGCAAAGUUAAUAAAUUAAAUUUAAUUAGGUUCAAAUCUCAGUGAGAACUUUCUUAAUGCAACUUGAGAACCCAAUCCUCAUGUGGAAAGAGUAAAAGUUGACGCUCUGCCGAAAGUCGUGGCCGUUUUCUCUGGGUACCAGUACUCCGGUUUCCACCCACAGGGAAAGUUGACAGGGUGGGUUAGGUAAAAGGGCCCACAGUAAUUGGCAUAUGCUGUUGUGGUGCUCCUCUCUUUAAACAUCUUAAAAUACUUAAAUUCCCGGAUCUCGUCAAUUUUCAUACGGCAAUAUUUAUGCACAAAUUUUAUAAUAACAAGCUAUCAUCAUUUUUUUCUGAUUUCUUCACUCCUGUCAAUCAGAUUCACAACUAUAACACACGACUAGCCUCUAAGAUAUCUUACUUUCUUGACACAGUAAGGACAAAUUACGGACUAUUUAAUAUUAGAUUUCAAGGAGCUAAGAUAUGGAACUCAAUUGACAAUAAUAUAAAAUUGCUGUCUGCUUAUCAGUUUAAAAAGAAAAUUCUGGAAAUAUUUUUCCUCAAAUAUUGACUUUUUGAAAUGAGUCUUUAUUGUUCAUAAUAUCUUUAAGUUUUCAAAUAUUAUAUUUCUAUAUUAAUCUUAUAUAAUUUCUAUAAUUGUAUAUUAAAUUCUACCUAUGUAAGAUUUAUAUUAAUAGCCUUGUCUAGGUGUGUGUUUAUGUAUUCGUCUGCGUGUUUGUUUUUCUACUAUAUAUGUGUUACGACCUACUGAUUAUUUAUAUUCAUAUCAAUAUUUAUUAGCUGCUUGGUCUCUAGCCUUAUGGUUAUUUUAAGUAGCUAGUACCCAUUUUAUUUAAUCAUUAAUUGUGUAAAAUGUUUAUAUUUUUGCUGUUGUAAAGGGUAUAAAUAAAGGUCAUUAUUAUCAUUAUUAUGGUGACCCUGCCCUAGUUGGCAAAGCUAAAUAAAUAAUAAUUUAAAGAAUUGGACUUCUAAUCUAUAUAUUAAUUUUAGUAAGUCAAUCUAUACCAAAUUAUUUUAUUAGUAAAAAAAUGUAAAUUCUUAAUUUCAGUGGUGAUGUAGAGAAACCAGUUAAAUUCAGGUUUGAGCAUUAAAUCAUUAAAUAGUAAUAAUAAAAAAUACUUAAAACAAUAUUAAUUAAUUAAAAAUGGAAUAAAUCGGUUAUUAAUAAAAUAAAUAAAUACAUUACAAAGCAAACCACAGUGAAUUUUAACUAUAAAAAAGAAUAAUUUUUUAACAUCUCAAUAAAUGAAUGCUCUAAUCCCUGAAUCAUCAUAAAAUUGAGUGUUCAGUCUAAAACUUUGUUUCACAGAGCUUUCAUCUCUGCGCUGGCAAAUGGCAAUACAAUUCGAGUAUUCAAAGUUCAGAAGAAACACGACGGUGCUGGGAACACAGUGACAGGAGAGCUUGACUUUCCACAACAACAUAAAGCUGACAUCAUCAACGUCGGAGUCUCUGCCAGCGGGAAAUUUAUCAUGUCUUGUUCAAAUGAUACCACUAUUGUCAUUUGGAAUUUGAAAGGUAGUUUUACCGGCUAUUCAUAUGAGCUGAGCCAGCUCGGCUAGCCUGGAUGAAUGCUGUCACAAUUUUUAGGCUGGGCAUAAAAGACUGUUACUGGAAUAAAAAAAUUCAACUUUGAAAUGUCAUUUUUGGAGGUUUAUCAAAGCUGUGAUAUGAGCUUUAUUAAUUAAACUAAUCAUACCGGUUAACCGGGCCAGCCCGGCUCCAUAUGAACAGCCCAUAAAAUUGAUGUUUUACCUACCAGUCUACUGGGUGUCCCAAAAGUUAGUCCUUUUUGAAUGCAAUGGUCUUUAUUUCAUUGUGAUAGCUUUCAUAGCUUUUACGUUAAAUGAGUGUUUAGUUGUUUUUUUGGGACACCCGGUACAGAUUGAUAUUAUUCAUCUUAUGAUUAUUCAGGAGAAGUAUUGGAGACUCUGAAUACAAACCAAGUCAACAACAGCUUUGCAUGCAUUUCACCUUGUGGGCGUUUUGUAGCCUCAGCAGGUUAGUCCACUAUCUUGUCUCGGACCUCUGGUCUCUGACGGUCUUGCUCCAGAUAAAUAUAGAACUCUGUUUGUUUGCUUGUUUGUUUGUUUGCUUGUUUGCUUGUUUGCUUGUUUGUUUGUUUGUUUGUUUGUUUGUUUGUUUGUUUGUUUGUUUGUUUGUUUGUUUGUUUGUUUGUUUGUUUGUUUGUUUGUUUGUUUGUUUGUUUGUUUGUUUGUUUGUUUGUUUGUUUGUUUGUUUUACAUUUUUACUAAUUAUAUGUACCAAAUUGUAUUGCAGGUUUUACAUCCGAUGUGAAACUCUAUGAAGUGGAGUUUUCGAAAAGUGGGGAAUUUAAACAGGUAACUUGAUAUUAUCAAACACAGUAUUCAGGUAUUGAAAUUUAUCGAAUGCACACCAUUUUGCUUCAUGGUCUGAUUUUGAAGGGAAGGUGUGUGGAGGUGCGCACCUCCCCUGAGAUCGUUUUGCCCCUCCCCUAAGAAUUUUUGCACCUCUCCUGAAACGUCAUGCACCUCCCCUUGAGGAAGUCUGAAUGAUAGAUCAAAGUGAAAAUUUGACAUUUUUUGGUGGAUUGCAGGUGUCACGUGCCAUGGACUUGAAAGGUCACAGUGCUGGAGUUUACCAUUUUAGUUUCUCGUCUGAUUGCACCAGGUGUGUUUUUUUAAGAUAUUUUCCAUUUUUACACCUGCACACGCAAAACUCUCAUCUUUUCAACACGGUGUGUUUGCAAAAGGCUUAUAGCAAUCUUAUCAACAAGUUAUAACAAUGUUUUUAGUUUCGUGAAAAAUAUUCUCAUGAAUAGAUUAUUUUACUACAGGAACUGUGCGUUCUUAUUGACUCAAUCUAUAUUUCUUUCAGAAUGGCGACCGUAUCAAAAGACGGCACUUGGAAAAUUUGGAAUAUUGACGGUAAGCGCUGAAUAAUUUGAAAAUAAAGAGCCUGAAUACAAGGUUGUUAGAUAUCCGUGGAGUCGGGAUGUGUAAAUUUUUUAAAGUUCAAAGCUUUCUUUUACAAUGUAGAAGCUGUGCAGAAUUUUUUUCUAUAUAUUUUUUUGGUAUAGUCCAUGUAGUUACAGAAAUCCAUUCUUUGCAUGAAUUUAUUUUGGGGGGAGUCUGUCACCCUCGCCCCCCCCCCCCGCCCCUUCCCACAUCCAAUGGUCGACUCCUUAAUAUAAAUCAAGUCAAUGGGUGAUUCCAGCUAUACACUAAAUUUUUGAUCUAGGCAAGAAGAACGAAUCCACCACAGCUAGAUAGAGUAUCUUAAAAUUAGUAAAACUACAAAGUUUGGUUGAGAAAUGUUGUAAAAUGAGGAACAUAUAGCCCUACGAGAUUUGCAAUUUUGUAUUAAUUUGUAUUACGCGCGGGAAAGUGUACCACAUUUGGGCCGAAAGUGGUUCAUUUUCCCGUGCGUAAUACAAAAAUAAUACAUUUCGCAACCAAACUUUGCAAUUUUACUAAUUUCAACAUGCUCUUUCUAGCUCUGGUGAUGAAUUUCGUUUAUCUUGCCUAGAUCAAAAUUAAGCCUAUAGCUGGAAUAAUUUAUUACUUCGGAUUGUUUUUCAAUUUUUCAGUGGAAUACAAGAAGGGUCAGGAUCCAUCGUUAUUGAUGACUGGUGUCUAUUCAGGUCAUCAUAACAACAUGUUCAUAGGAAUCUCACCUGAUGGAUAUGUCGUGGCAAUCACUAUGGGACGCUCUAUUGGAGUGUUCAAUACAACCACAGGAGAACUGGAAGAAUUGCUCGAAAAUGUUCACUCAGGUGAGUUGUUAUCGAAAUCACUGGGGCGGUAAAUUGACCCCUCGAGAUUUGCACGCGCGGGAUUGAUUUCAUGUAUACACGUGAAAACGCACAAGUUGUUACAGGUCUGCAAACAAGUUGUCACAAAUCUGUUCACAAGCUGUCGAACACUGUUCGCACUGUUUGUUCCCAGUUGUUGUAACAAGUUUGGAACAAGCUGUUAACAACUUGUAACAAGGUUAAUGGCAUUAUCAGACUUGUUACAAGGUUGUUCUAACAAGUUUGAUACAGUCAUGAUAUAACAAGAAUGUUAUAAGGUUGAAGUUUGUAACAAUAUUUUUAUAUCAUGACUGUAUCGGACUUAUUGGAACAACGUUGCAACAAGUACGACAAUAUCAACAAGGUUGUUACAAGUUGUUAACGAGUUGUUCCAAACGUGUUGACAACUUGGGACAAGCAGUGCGAACAGAACUUGUUGACGGCUUGUUGGCAGACUUGCUACAAGAUGUGAGAUUAUUGCGUGUGUAUACCAUUGAUAUAAAAAAGGCUUGAUAUAAAAAAUCUGGAAGAAGAUUUUGUAUAGGAUUCAAAAGUUCUUUCAAAUGAGCCAAGUUACAAGUCACUUCGAGACCAAGUCAAGUCGUUAAUCUGAUUAGCAAGUCACAAAAAUUGCGACUCGAGUCCAAAACACAUGACUCGAAUCUGUGGCUAACCAGGCCUGAGUUUAUAUCCCAAUCUCUUUUUUUUUGUUAACUUUACAAUCAAAUGACUGAUGCCUGAUGGUAAGGACAACAGGACGUGAGUCCCUAAUUAAGUCCCACCAAAAAAAAAUAAUGAAAAAAUCAUUAAAAAAAAAUUAAAAAAAAAAUAAUAAAAAAAAUCAUGACAAAAUCAUAAAAAAAAAUCAUGAAAAAAUCAUCUCAUGUUUUCUCUACAUAUAUUUCAGACGACAUUAGUUCGCUGACCUGGCAUCCAUCAUCUCAUUUCUUCGCCUCUGCUGGGGGUGCUGAUAAGCACAUCCGGGUCUGGCAUAAUACCGCUGGCAUCAAGGCUCAGAUACGCGAUCUCGAAGAUCAAUUGAAGAAAGCAAAGACCGAAAGCCUCAAGGUAGGACUGAAAAUGAAUUAGGUUGCGGGGGCAAUGCAUCUGGGCCUGAGAUUUUUUGCACCUUCUCUGAAAAUCCAUUCACCUUUUAGGAAAGUUAAAUGAUAGAUGAAAGAGAAAAUUUGAUAAUUUUUUUAUUUAUUGACCAAAGGGGUGUAAGAAUCUGAAUGCUAUAAUUAUUUAUGUUAACGCAGUAAACUAGUAAUAGGCUAUACCAUAAAAUAUGAUGGGGAGCAUUUGUUUUGAUACCCUUGUAUAACAUAUAAUACAACUGUGUUUUUCAGACUCGACUUGAACAUAGAAUUUUAGAAGCGAGGUGAGUUUUCCGUUUAUUUAAGGGUUAAAAAAUAGCGGACCAUUGGUUCCGAAAAUUUUUUGUAGUCAGCAGAAAAUGUCAGAAAUUGUUGUGACAGUGAGUCAGUGAGCAGAUACAAAUGAAAUAUAUCCUCAGUCCCAGAGUCAGUUUUGAUCAGUGACAGUGAACGCACUGAACCUAAGAUGAUAACAUAUUUACCCUAUAACCAUUCUAGCAUAUUGUUGUAUAUAUGCCUACUGCACACAAGAGUGCGAGCUUCCCCACACAGAACUCGUAGACAGCAUUUGAGUAGUAGUUGUACUCUUCAAAGUAUUUAAUUCACUAGAAUAUAGCAGUCAUAAUUUCACACUUUGUUACAGUAAAAUAGUUUAACCACAGUUACAUCGCAGAAAAGUUCAUGUUUCUUGUGGUUCUAGAAAGUGGAAUAUUUUUUCCAUCCCUGUUAGUUAGGACUGAUACUGACGUUCAGCAUUCAUUCAUUAUGUAUUUCUUAUGUAUUUAUUUCUAAAUCACUUCUAUUUUUACAGGUCAACACUGGAGAAAAUCUCAUUGUAAAAAUCAAGUCAAGAAAUGGACUGCACUCUUUAACAUAAACCGAAAUUUAAAGUAUUUGAUUGAAUAGCGAAAUGGAAAUUGUAAUUUAAAUUUUUACGCACAAAUAAUGUUUUAAAGUUAUCCUGUAUAG